UUAUCGUUUGUGUUUAUCGUUGAACUGCAUUUCACUAAGACGACGACUAUCACAUCGUCACGAUGGCAACAACAAAGUCUACUAAAUUAAGACCAAAACUUUUUAAAGAUGGUUUUGAGUACUCAAUAUUGAGAGAAAAUUUAAAGAUAUACGUUGGAAAUGUUCUAUUACUACGUGUAUAGGAAAAUUUUUUACAAAUCGUAUAGAACCAUAUAACAUUUUUACUAAGUUAAUAUCACAUAACCACCAUCCAAAACAAUUGGAUGAUACAACAUUCUGUGCCGUUUACAAUGCGAAAACUGACAUGAAGCUGUGCGCAAUUAGUAACAAAGAAAGUGCAAAUCAAAUUCUUUUAUCAAUCGCACAUGGAUGUAACAGUAUAGUUUGUUCUAAGUUGGGGAAUUCUGAUGCUUUACGACGAACGAUAAGACGCGCACGAUGUAAAUAUGCUCUUGACGAGCCCGAAAAUCUUCUUUUUUCAUUACCAGAUAAAUGGAAAACUACAAUCGGUGGCGAGGCAGCUGAUUUUCUAAUUUAUGACAACGGAAAUGAGCAUAGAAUCUUAAUUUUUGUUGCAAAUGAAGGUCUGUCUUUUUUAUCAUCAUCUAAUAUAUGGUUCAUGGGUGGCACAUUUAAAUGUUCUAGUAUAUUUACGAAUUAUUAUAGAUUUUGAAUUAGGCGUAAUAAAAGUGAUAAACUGAGUUUUUAACGGAGUCCAGAUUCAAGGUUGUUUUUUUUCAUUUAUGUCAGUCUGUAUGGCGACAAAUUCAGCAAUUUGAACUUGCAAAAUUAUAUAAAGAAAAUGAACGGAUUUCCAAAGAGUGCAAAAGCAAAAUGAUUAUUUCAUUGACAUUUUUACCCAUUGACGAUACUUUGGUCGAAAUUAGUAAUAUGUAUGCAACAUUAUCUCAAGAAUUACUACCUCUUAUUUCAUACUUCCAAUGAAUCUAUGUUAGUGAUUAAAAUAAUAACAAUGCACGGUAUCGUCCUCCAUUUUGGAAUGUAAGAUCGCAAACAAUGUCUAAAUCUUAUCGAACAAAUAAUUUCAAUGAAGGGUGGAAUAAUUAAUUUAAUAAACUAUUUGAUACAACAAAUCCGAGUUUUUGGACAGUUUUGCGUGCAGUAAAAUUAGACGUAUGUGGUAAUAGGCUGCAUAAAAAGCGAAAAUCCAAUUCAUGUGAAAAUAAUAAACUAUUUAGUUGAUGAAACCAGCACCAAA